AUGGAUACAAAAUUCGGUAAGAACUAUAAAACAGGAGGGACAACGUCCAAGGAAGUCAACCACGGACACAUCAGAGUGACAGAGUUGGAGGUUUACGCCGUCAAAGAUGGCCAAAGACAAAAGCCAAAUUUGCCCACUACAUGGCGGAAAUCUGCAGAAUGGGGACCAAAGUUGCUUGGGAGUUUGAAAGAAGAUGUAAAAGGCAUCCAACCGCCAGAAGAACUUGACGUGCCACAUUUCAACAUUCUAUUGAUUGGGCCUUUAGGCUCGGAGAUACCACAAGCCGUCUUAGUCACAAAGAUUGACAAACUCUGCGAUAAAACGGAUGAAAAUGUUAGUAACACAUUCAUCAGCCCAACGGUGAAGGAGGUAGUCGAAAAAGUAUCAGAGCUGUUUAAAUUCCCACGGAACAAUAUUUGGCCAAUUAAAAAUUAUGAAGAGAAAGUAGAAAGUGAUGAAAACGUCAACAUCCUUGCUUUGCUUGCUGUUCGACAGAUCCUGUUUUUUGUAGAGGACUAUUUGGAAAACAUGAAAGUGAAGCAAAGUAGGGGAAGUCAGAAAGGAAAGGCAAAGCAGGCUGAAUGUGAGUUGUUCGGGUCAGACACUGCUUAA